CGUGAGAGAAGAGCAACAACCCAUUACAAUAUACCAUGGCAUCUGCACUUCCUGCUGAGGCAGUCAAUGCCCUUGUCGCCACCCUUGAUGCUCUGGCAGCGACCGAUAACACCAUUCGUUCGAAUGCUGAGGCCUCCUUGAACGACGAGUGGAUUGCACAGAGACCAGACAUGCUUCUGGUGGGAUUGGCAGAGCAGACGAAGGGAAAUGCUCAGGAUCACAUGCGAAGUUUCGCCGUGGUCCUCCUCCGAAGAAUUGCAUUCAAGCCUGCGCCGGGAUACCCAGAAGAAUCAGAGAAGACAAUUUACGACAUCUUGAACGACGUUGCGAGAAAGAAUGUACACGACCUUUUGUUGGCGUCGUUUGCGGAGGAGCAGGUUGUUGGUGUACGGCAUAAGGUGUGCGACGCCAUCGCUGAGAUUGCCAGACAUGGACUUUACAGCAGCUACAAGUGGCCAGACCUUCUCCAAGCUCUCUUUUCAUGCAGCAAAUCUCCAGAAGCCGCUCACCGCGAAUCAGCAUACCGCGUUUUCGCUGCUGUCCCUACUCUCAUCGGCUCGCAACAUGCGGACAUUCUGAAGGGUGCCUUCCAAGCUGGUCUUGAGGAUCAAUCACAAGAAGUCCGUCUUGCGGCCCUCCGUGCAUACUGCGCGUUCCUCUUGGAGGCUGGCAGCAACACCAGGAGCACUUUGUCUGUCCUCCUUCCCGCGUGCUUGAACGUCCUUCCCCCAUUGUCCACCACCCACGACUCCGAGACUCUCGCUACCGCCCUUACCUCCCUUAUCGAGCUCGCUGAGACUCACCCCAAAAUGUUCAAGAACUACUUCACCAUGAUCGUUCAGUUUGGAUUGAGUGUUAUAAAAGACAAGGAGCACGAGAAUGUGGCAAGGCAGGCUGCUUUGGAGUUGUUGAUUACCUUCUGCGAGGGUGCACCAGGAAUGUGCAGGAAAGAGGAUAGCUACGCGUCGAACCUUGUGGUGGAGUGUUUGGCGUUCUUGACCGAUGUUGGAGCUGAGGAUGAUGAUGCGCAGCAGGAGUGGAAUGAGACGGAGGAUUUGGAUGCUGAUGAGAGCGACGCGAACCACAUCGUCGGCGAACAGGCUCUGGACCGUCUGGCUCGCAAGUUGGGUGGCAAGACCGUUCUUCCCCCUGCUUUCGCGUACUUGCCUAACAUGAUUUCGUCCACCAACUGGCGCCAGCGUCACGCAGCUCUUAUGGCCAUCUCUGCUAUUGCUGAGGGAUGUGAGAAGAUCAUGAAGGCUGAGCUUUCCCGUGUCCUCGACAUGGUCUUGCCUCUCCUCAGGGACCCUCACCCCCGCGUCCGUUGGGCUGCCUGUAACGCUGUUGGCCAGAUGUCCACCGACUUUGCCAACACCAUGCAGGCCAAGUUCCACGAGCGUGUCCUUAGCGGCUUGGUCCCCGUCCUCCAGGCUCCUGAGCCCCGUGUUCAGGCCCACGCUGCUGCUGCUUUGGUGAACUUCUGCGAGGAGUGUGACAAUGCUACCCUCGAGCCUUACCUUGAUGGUAUCCUCGAGCGCCUUCUCGCCCUCUUGCAGAGCCCCAAAAAGUACGUCCAGGAGCAGGCCGUUACCACCAUCGCUACCGUGGCCGAUGCUGCUGAGGCCAAGUUCGUCAAGUACUACGAUGCUAUCAUGCCCCUCCUCGUCAAUGUUUUGAAGGCCCCUGAUGCUGGUAAAGAGUACCGUUUAUUGCGUGGAAAAGCUAUGGAGUGUGCCACCCUCAUCGCUCUUGCCGUCGGAAAGGAGCGUUUUGCCCCUUCGGCACAGGAGUUGAUCCAGGUUCUUGGCAGCAUUCAGCAGAGUGUUGUCGAGGCUGAUGACCCUCAGGCCAGCUACCUCAUCCCUGCAUGGGGACGUAUCUGUCGUGUCAUGGGUAAGGAGUUCUUGCCUUACUUGGGUGCAGUCAUGCCCCCUCUUCUCGAGGCUGCGAAGCUCAAGCCUGACUUCGCUGUUUUGCAGGAUGAUGAGGAGAAGGAGAAGUAUGCUGCUGAGGAUGGUUGGGAGUUUAUCGGUGUUCAGGGUCAGCAGAUCGGUAUCAAGACUACUGUGCUCGAGGAGAAAUGCACCGCUGUUGAGAUGUUGGUCUGCUACGCUGCUGAGCUCAAGGAGAACUUCCAGCCUUAUGUCGGUCCCAUCUUGAACGACAUCGUUAUCCCCAGUUUGAAGUUCUACUUCCACGAUGGUGUUCGUUCGGCGGCGGCCAAGUGUAUCCCCCGCUUGCUUGACUCCAUCAAGCUUGCCGGUGCUGACGUGAAGAGCGUUUGGGACACCGUCGCUCAGAAAAUCACCGACAUCAUCAAGGCUGAGCCUGCUGCGGAGAUGGUCGCUGAAUUCUUCAGCGCCUGGAAUGAGUCCGUCGAAGUUGUCGGUGCUGCUGCUAUUUCUGCUGAACAGUUGGCUGCCUUCAUCACUGCUUCUGAGUCGCAGAUUCAGGACUACGGUAAGCGUACUGAGGCUCGCGCUGAGGCUGCACACUCCGGUGAUGUCGACAUCGAGGAGGACGACGACGUCAUGAUGGAGAUGGAGGAUGAUGAGGCUAUGUUGGCUGAGAUGAGCAAGGCAUUCCACAUGACCUUCAAGACCAUCAACACCGCUUUCCUUCCUCACUGGGAGCGUCUGUUGCCUUACAUCGGUGCCUUCUUGAACCACCCCGAGCAAUCCAGCCGUCAAUGGGGUGUUGGUUGCAUCGACGACUUGAUCGAGUUCUGCGGUCCCGAGUCCUUGCGUUACAGCAGCACCUUCCUCGAGCCUCUGGGCAAAGGUCUUACUGACCCCGCGCCUGAGGUUCGUCAGGCCUCUACCUACGGUGUCGGUGCUGCUGCCCAAUUCGGUGGUGAGGCCUACGCUGACUUCUGCGCUGCUGCUUUGCCUGCGUUGUUCCAGUGCAUCCAGAUCGCAGGUGCCCGUGAUGAUGAGAACAUCUACGCUACUGAGAAUGCAUGCGCUGCUAUCGCCAAGAUUUUGAGAUUCAACUCAAGCAAGGUCCAGAACUUGGACCAGACCGUCGUUGCUUGGAUCCAGACUCUGCCCAUCAUCUGCGAUGACGAGGAGGCUCCUUAUGCUUACUCUUUCCUCUCCGAGUUGAUCGAGCAGAACCACCCUGCCGUCACCUCUCAGGUCCCCGUAGUAUUCAAGGCCAUCGUCGAGGGUUUGGAGGCUGCUAUCAUGACUGAGAAGGUUAAGGAGCGUGUCGUCGGUGCUACCAAGCAGUUGAUGAGCACCACCCCUGAUGCUUCCGCAUUGGUAUCGAGCUUGACUGUUGAGCAGCAGCAGUUGAUGCAGAAGCUCUUUGCUUAA